UCAUCGCCGCCGCGAGUCAGCUGAUCCCGCGCGUGUCAAGCAGCAACAGCAGCAACGCGAGGCUUGCUCUGCUCUAGCAGCAAGCCCCUCGCACGACAUUAACGCCACCGCGGCUGCUGCAACAACAACAAUCACAAUAACAAUCGUUGUCGCUCAUUCUUUCCUCGUCAACAUUAACCGCACCACCAAAGCUCGUACGAUGCUCGCCGCCGCGCCAGAAUGCUCCCAUCGCGUCCGCGGGAACGCGCGGUCCCGUUAGAGCGACGCGUUCGCCCCACCGCCACCACCGCCACCACCACCACCGACAACGACUCCGACUCUCCGCACCGCCUGGCCAUGCUGCAGCCGGUGUCCGACGACGGCCGCGGCCCCACGGGUCUCGCCCAGCGCUCGGUCCGCAUCGCGUUGGUGGUGGCUCUCUACUGGCUCGUGUCCGUCAGCAUGGUGUUCCUCAACAAGCACCUCCUGGGCGGCGCGGGAGCCUCGGAGGGUCUCGACGCGCCGCUCUUCGUCACCUUCUACCAGUGCGCGGUCACCGUGGCGCUGUGCUGGGCCAUGCGCUCGCUCGCGGGUCUCUUCCCGGGCCGCGUGCGCUUCCCCGAGCUUGGCUGCGACACGCAGAUCCUGCUGCAGGUACUGCCACUGUCGCUGGUCUUCACGGGCAUGAUUACCUUCAACAACCUCUGUCUCAAGUUCGUCGGCAUCUCCUUCUACAACGUGGGCCGCUCCCUCACCACCGUCUUCAACGUACUCAUGUCCUACAUGAUCCUGGGCCAGGGCACAUCCCUCCGGGCGCUCUUGUGCUGCGGAAUGAUCAUCGGUGGAUUCUGGCUCGGCGUGGACCAGGAGGAUAUGAGCGGCACGCUCUCCGUGGCCGGCGUGGUGUUCGGCGUCGUGGCCAGCCUCUGCGUCUCCCUCAACGCGAUCUACACCAAGAAGGUGCUGCCCUUGGUUGGCGGGAGCCUGUGGCGUCUCGCCUACUACAACAACAUUAACGCGUGCCUCCUCUUCAUGCCGAUCAUCCUGCUCGUCGGCGAGGUGCCCAAGCUGUUGGCGUUCGAGCACGUCUUCUCGCCGCACUUCUGGAUGAUCAUGACGGUGGGCGGCGUGCUGGGCUUUGGCAUCGGCUAUGUGACGGGGCUGCAGAUCCAGGCGACGAGCCCGCUCACGCACAACGUGUCCGGCACGGCGAAAGCGUGCGUUCAGACCGUCGUCGCCGUGUCCUACUUUGGCGAGUUCAAGACCGUGCUCUGGUGGGCCAGCAACGUGCUGGUCCUCACCGGAUCGUUUUUCUACACAUGGGUGAAAGGACACGAGAUGAAAAAGGCACAGCAGGACUUCAUGAAGGACCUCCAGAAGGCUUGAACUAAAGUGUUGUCAUUGCAGUAAUGAACGCUAUACAUUCGUUCAGCUGUAACGGUGCAAUGUUUUCUGGCUUUUGUUAAGAGUUGCAUAACGAAAAUGAAAGGUUUUGCAAGUGACCAUGAAGAAUUUUUGUAUGUUAUUUGUAGAAAAAAAUAUGAAUAAUCAAAUGUUUAAAUUCUUGUAGUAAGUGUGAAAAAUGUAUUUGCGUUUGAUCUGAUUUGUUUUAUAUCUUAAUUUAAUGGUAAAACCAUUCGUAAUUAUAAAUUAGAAUUCAUGAUAUGUUACAGAAUGAUUGUUUCCCAUCGUACUCUGUGAAGAAGAGCCAACUUAUGUUAUUAUAACUCAUUUACUUUUAGGUAAGAAAACACAACAGGUGUGUUUGUUUGUCCUUGUUACUAUAAUGUAAUUUAUUUUAUUUUAUGCAAUUAAAAACAGUUAUUGAGUUGUAUCUUU